AAUUUACAGAACACCAAUCGCCACUUUACUCUAGAAACUGUUACCUUUCUUUCUUUCUCUCUCUCACACACACAAACACCAAAACACCCACUAAAUAGGAGUUUUCUUUGGAUGCUGUUGUUGUUCGUGAACUGUUUGAAAUUUGGUGUUUUGUGGCUCUAAUUUUUCCAAGUCUUUCAGCAAAUCUGUUGAGUUUGUUGCUAUCGUUUUCCUGUUCGAAGAAUGUCGUUCAUUGCGGGACUAAUAACCGGACUUGUGGUGGGGAUAGCACUGAUUGUUCUGUUUGUUCGGUCUGAGAAUGCACGAUCUAUGCGUCGCACUGCACUUGCAACAACGAUUGCGGCUUUUGCGAGAAUGACAGUUGAAGAUUCAAAACAAUUGCUUUUUUAUUCCAGAAUUCUACCCUUCUUGGGUUGUUUUCUCACAGAGACAGAAUUGACCUGGCUUAAUGCUCAUCUUACAAAGAUCUGGCCCUAUGUUGAUGAGGCAGCAUCUGAGCUUAUAAAGGCUAAUUUGGAGCCAACUCUUGAACAAUAUAGACCAAUGGUGUUGUCCUCUUUGUCAUUUUCCAAGUUUACCCUUGGCACAGUGGCCCCACAGUUUACAGGAGUUUCUAUUGUUGAAGAUGGAGGUGAAGGAAUAACUAUGGAGUUGGAAAUGAAUUGGGAUGGAAACCCUAGUAUAAUACUUGAUAUCAAGACCAGACUCGGUGUUGGGUUGCCUGUGCAGGUGAAGAAUAUUGCAUUCACUGGGGUUUUUAGGUUGAUUUUUAAGCCUCUAGUUCCCGAAUUUCCCUGUUUUGGAGCUGUGUCAUUUUCUUUGAGACAAAAAAAAAAGAUGGAUUUUACACUUAAAGUAGUUGGUGGUGACAUUUCAGCUAUUCCUGGUGUUGCUGAUGCCCUUGAGAGUACAAUACGUGAUGCUGUUGAAGACUCAAUCACCUGGCCAGUUCGAAAAGUUAUUCCCAUUUUGGCUGGAGAUUACAGUGAUCUUGAACUAAAGCCUGUGGGAACAUUGGAGGUGAAGCUUGUUCAAGCUAAUGGCUUAACAAAUAAAGACAUUAUUGGGAAAUCUGAUCCUUUUGCUGAGUUAUACAUACGCCCUUUGCGUAAUAGAACAAAAACCAGUAAAGUUAUCAACAACGAUUUGAAUCCAAUUUGGAAUGAACAUUUUGAGUUUGUAGUGGAAGAUACUUCCACACAACAUUUAACAGUGAAAAUAUUUGAUGAUGAAGGGCUUCAAGCAGCUGAGCUUCUUGGAUGUUGUCAUGUGAAAUUAAGUGAACUUGUGCCUGGUAAAGUCAAGGAUAUAUGGAUAAAAUUGGUAAAAGAUUUGGAUCUUCAAAGAGACAAUAAAGACAGGGGAAAGGUGCACUUGGAGCUUUUGUAUUGCCCAUAUGGAAUGGAAAACGGGUUCACAAAUCCAUUUGCUUCUAAUUACACAAUGACAUCUCUUGAAAAAGUUCUUAAAAGUGGUGAUAAUGAAAAUGGCGAUUUCGUAAAUAAAAAAAGAACCGUAAUUAUAAGAGGAGUCCUUUCUGUCACUGUGAUAUCCGCCGAAGACUUGCCAGCUGUCGAUUUGAUGGGAAAGGCGGAUCCUUUUGUCGUGCUCACUAUGAAGAAAACCGGGAUGAAAAACAGCACAAGGGUUGUGAAUGAGAAUUUAAACCCGGUUUGGAAUCAGACUUUUGACUUUGUUGUUGAGGAUGGGUUGCAUGAUAUGCUUGUUGUUGAAGUAUAUGAUCAUGAUACAUUUGGCAAAGACUACAUUGGAAGAUGCAUUUUGACACUAACAAGGGUAAUAUUGGAAGGAGAAUACAAAGAGUGUUUUCAACUUGAUGGGGCUAAAUCAGGAAGAUUACAUUUGAACCUCAAGUGGAUGGCUCAACCACUUUAUCGUGAUUCUUAGUUUUUGUGAGAAGUACAUAAAGUCUUUGUGAAAAAUUAUGGUAAAAAUUCAAAGAUUGUUUUAUGUAAAUUCGGAAGUCUGUCGAAUAAGGGCAUUCACUUGUUUGGGUAGCACAAUUUUGGUUUUUUGUAUUCUCUUCCUUUGUAUCUUAUGCUU